AUGUGGGUUGUUGAUUUCUUUGCUGGAUGUUUAGGAGGCGCUGCCGGCGUCCUUGCCGGACAUCCGUUGGAUACGGUCAAAGUUCGUCUACAGAUGCAACAUGCCAGUUCAAAACUCUAUCGUGGCACGUUUCAUUGUUUCAAGACAAUUGUCCAGAAAGAAGGCGUCGCCGGACUUUACAAAGGUUUGUGA